AUGGCGACCACCACAGACCAAAAAGCGCAGCCAUACACCUUCGAUCUCGGGCACAUGCUCGUCAUCGACCCCAACCCCCUCCCCUCCCACACCACCGCAACAAAAGAAGAAACCCUCCAACAAACCGCCCGCGGCUGCGCCCAAUCCCUCAUAAACCAACUCCUCACCGCCUGCCCCAUAACCCGCGCCCCCGACGGCGCCCUGCAAAUCACCCUCCCAACACCCGAAACCGCGCUCCCGCGCGAAAAGCACGUCCCAAAAGAGAAAGAGAAGACGAAGUGGGAGCGGUUCGCGGAGAAGAAGGGGAUUAAGCCGAAGAAGCGGGAUGGGAAGUUGAAGUUCGAUGAGGGUAAGGGUGAGUGGGUCGCGAAGUAUGGGUAUAAGCCUGGGAGUGGGCGGGAUGAUGGGCCCGGGGAGUGGUUGGAGGAGGUUGAUGCGAAGGAGGAGAGGAAGGCGGGGAAGGAGGGGAAGGAGGGGAUGGAGGAGAGGAAGGCGGCGAGGGAUGGGAGGGAGAGGAGGGAUAGGAAGGUGAGGACACCACCACCCGGCAUGCCCAGCUUUCCAAAGCUCUCCCUUGUGGAGGGCGCAUUCGAAGAGCUGUCUCUCGAACUCGCAAACUACCUCGAUAAUGCCAAAGGCGAGGGCUCGAAGCUCGCCGACGAAAUCAUCCCCCUCCUCGCCGAUCCCGAGAAAUCAGACAGGCCUGAAGAGACCGACCGCGUCGCAGUGCUGAAGAAACUGGUCGGUGCCAGCUCUAUCCUCAAUGGCGCCCCAGAGCGAGAACUGCAAGCCGCCUACAACCUCCUCAUACACCUCAUCUCACAAGUCGAGGAGCCCGACAUCUUCAUCGCCAGAAUCUGCUCGUACAUGACCGCACCCAUCACCUCUUCACCACAAAACGGCACGGGCAUUGCGCUCGGCAUUCUGAGCACCCUCUUCAACACCCUCCCACCGGAUGACUCGACGCGAUACAACGUCCUGCUCGGUAUCGUCGAUGUGAUCAAGAGCUCUGGCAACUGGGAUACGCUGCAGCCGCAGCUGAAGAACGUCGAUAAGUGGGUACAAGAGUGGGAGCUCGAGGAUACGGAGGCACGAAAACUGUACCUGGCCGUUUCAGAUGCAGCGGCCGCCUCGAAGGAGGUUGAACAGAGCUACUACUAUCUCCUCAAGGCCCUCAAGACUAUUCAAAGCGAUGCUUCAUCUGAUGAGGCCAGCAAGCUCUCAAUUCGUGCCCUGAAGCUGGCCCUCCACAACGAGAAGCACUUCGACUUCCAAGACCUCACCGCACUUGACAGCAUCCAAGCACUGCGAAAGUCUGACGCAACCUGGGCAGAGCUUCUCGAACUGUUCGUCCGCGAGGACUACGAGGAGUUCCAGGACUUCAAGGAGGCCAACGACUCUUUCCUUCCAGAUAACGAACUCGAUGAGGACAUUCUGGACAAGAAGAUGCGCCAGCUUACCCUCGCCUCGCUCGCUGCCCACAACGCCCACACUCGCACCCUUCCAUAUGCCCAAAUCGCCAAGGCGCUCAAUGUGCCCACCGAAGAUGUCGAGAUGUGGGUCAUCGACUGCAUCCGCAGCGGACUCAUCGAGGGCAAGCUCUCCCAGCAGAAGCAGGAGUUCCUCAUCCACCGCAGCACAUACCGAGUCUUCAGCGACACACAAUGGCGGGAGGUGGCAAGCCGGUUGGAGACGUGGCGGAGCAGCUUGACGAAUGUGCUGGCAGUCAUUCGCCAGCAAAAGGAGGAGUUCAUCAAGGAGAAGGAGGCUGAGGUGACCGGUCAGGGCGUGCAGAAUGGUCAGGGUUACCGACCGAACAUGCGGCAGAGAAAUGCGCCUGAGCGGAGUCAGCCUGUUGCUGUGGAGGUGGAGUAG